AAGCAACCGCAACGCCUCCGUGAGCUGUCAUCAGCCGUAAAACGUAAACAAAUCGCUGACAACUCGGUUAGAGACCGCGCCAUAUCAACAAAAUCGAAAACAUUGAUGGUGCAUUAUAAAGCCGGUUUUGUCGUCAAUUAACUUUAGUACUAAACAUGGAUCCUCCGGUUGAUGUAAAUGUGGUUAAACAAGACAUCCUUGUCGGAAUGGUCGAGUGUGAGAAACGGUGCUUGAUGCAAUGCACCAAGUGGCUUGCGGAAUUGAAUCACGGUCUCUCCGAAGCAACGGUUGAGCUGCAUGGCAAUGCGGCCCUGAAAAACGUGCACGGUGGAAUCGAGGAUUCCGAGUACGAUAGCUACUUGCUGGCGAAAAGCUAUUUCCUCGUACGAGAGUAUGACCGGUCGGCUUACUUCACGCGGAACUGCGUGUCACCGGUGCCAAAAUUUCUGCACCUGUACGCAACGUACAUGUCGAAGGAGAAGAAACGACUAGACAACAUGACCGACAGUUCGGUCGUUAGUUCGGUGAACCAUGCGAAGGAUUUUUCCGAACUAUUAAGCAUCCUGCGGACGGAGCACAGCCAACAGUCGCUGGACGGUUACUGUCUGUAUCUUUAUGGUGUCAUACUGAAGAAGCUCGACCUAACCGACAUCGCGGUGCGAGUGUUUGUCGAAGCAAUCAACGCCGAACCGAUGCUGUGGAGCGCCUGGUUAGAGCUGGCACCGCUUGUAAACGAUAAAAGAAUGUUGGAAAGCUUGAAGCUACCGAAUCACUGGAUGAAAAGCAUAUUUGAAGGUUAUACGUACAUUGAGCUGUUCCAAAACGACGAAGGCAUCAAAAUCUUUGAGCAUCUUCAAAAGAAUGGAUUCAGCAAGUGCAUCUUCAUACCCACCUUGCUUGCGAUCGCUUAUUCGAAUAAACGAGAUGUAGAUCGUUCGAUCGACAUAUUCCAGCAUCUGCAGAGCGUCGAUCCAUACCGGCUAGACAAUCUCGAUUCCUACUCAAAUCUGCUGUUCGUCAAGGAUAUGAAAACGGAAAUGUCCCAUCUUGCACACAAGGUGGUCGAGAUUAACAAGUACAGCCCGGAAACGUGUUGCGUUGUGGGGAAUUAUUACAGCAUACGAUCGGAUCACUAUAAAGCGGUCAUGUAUUUCCAACGCGCGCUCAAACUAAAUCCUCAAUAUCUUUCGGCCUGGACACUAAUGGGGCACGAGUUUAUGGAGAUGAAAAAUACCAAUGCCGCUAUUCAAAGUUACCGCCAAGCGGUUGAGGUUAACAAACGAGACUUUCGGGCGUGGUAUGGACUGGGUCAGGCGUACGAAAUCCUUAAAAUGACGUUUUAUAGUUUAUACUACUACAAAUCGGCCCAACAGUUGCGUCCGUACGACAGCCGCAUGUUGGUCGCACUGGGUGAAACGUACGAAAAGCUCAACAAAGUGGCCGAUGCGCUCAAAUGCUACCAGAAAGCGUACAACGUGGGAGACAUCGAGGGUGUUGCGCUGUACAGCAUGGCAAAGCUGUACGAAAAGCAAGGCGAAACGGAAAAAGCUAUCCCUGCGUUUAUUAAGUUCUGUUCCGACGACAAACUGAUUGCCGACAAGGCGUCCCUGUGUCACGCGUACAUGACGCUCGGGAAUUACUACGAAAAGAUCGAAGAUCUCGACAAGGCGUCCUAUUUUGCGUACAAAUGCUUAGACUACGAAGAAAUGAAACGGGAAGCAGAAUCCUUGCUGAAAAGCAUUGCCAACAAGCGAGCGCAUAAGGCAACUACGUCCGGGGCAGCAACCACGUCCGGAGCAACCAAAUCUGCUGAGGAUGAAAAUCGGGAUAAUGAUGCACCGGAUACGUACGGUGGCGAGGAUAUGGAGAUGGAUGAAACGAAUCUUUCCAAACGGAUUGACAGUGCGAUCGGCAGGGACGAAGAACCGGGAAACAAUGAGCUGGCAGAAAGUUCCGGGAUGCACGAAUUCCACAUGGAAGAUACGUACGAUGUGAACGAAUGAAGGAACAAACAUCUCACAUUCUUUUGGUUACGCCAGUGUUUAGUUAAUACGAUUAGUUUAGUUAUAAGUUUAAUUUAAUAAUAAAAAAAUGCCUUAUGAAAGGAAAAACUAGGUAUUU